GACCUGUGGGUAGAGAUGUGCAUUCUUGGAACACGUAUUUGUUGAGAGCCCAUUAUGUGCGGACUGAACAGGGGCCUGGGGAUCAGAAGUGACGAGCCCCCCAUCCUCAUGGUGCUUACCGUCUAGCGGGAUAGGCCGUGCGCUGUGGUUCGGAAUUAGCACGAGCACGGGCCACAGGGUUGGGGUGAGGGGCCGGGAAUCCUUGGAGGGACGGAAAGGCCAGCAUAGGCAGAGCAGAGCGAGAACGAGGGUUGAAGGUAGAGCCCAGACACGGGGCAGAGGUUGGAGCAGGAGACUCCAGGCUGCGGGGCCGCUUCACAGGAGAUGUGUAGAGUGGACAGAGAGCAGAUGUGUGGGAAAUGGGGCAAGGGGCCCAGUUGGAGAAAUGGGGGCAGCCCCAGGCAAGUGAAUGCCGAGUCAGGAAUGGAGACUGUUCCCGGAAGGCUAAGCCGGCCACACCAGCACAAAGGUUUGGCAUCGCAGAGUUUGGUGACCUUCAAGCAGGAACGGGAAUUCGAGAGAUGGAGGAGGAAGACUGGGUGGAUGAAAAAAAAGAUAUUGACCAUGAGACAGUGGUUGAAGAGCAGAUCAUUGGCGAGAACUCUCCUCCUGAUUACUCCGAGUACAUGACCGGAAAGAAGCUUCCUCCCGGAGGGAUUCCCGGUAUUGACCUCUCAGACCCCAAGCAGCUGGCGGAAUUUGCUAGAAUGAAGCCAAGAAAAAUUAAAGAAGACGAUGCUCCAAGAACGAUAGCUUGCCCUCACAAAGGCUGCACAAAGAUGUUCAGGGAUAACUCCGCCAUGAGAAAGCACCUGCACACCCACGGCCCCAGAGUCCACGUCUGUGCAGAAUGUGGCAAGGCCUUUGUUGAGAGCUCAAAACUAAAACGACACCAACUGGUUCAUACUGGAGAGAAGCCCUUUCAGUGCACGUUCGAAGGCUGCGGGAAGCGCUUCUCACUGGACUUCAAUUUGCGCACACACGUGCGCAUCCAUACCGGGGACAGGCCCUACGUGUGCCCCUUCGACGGCUGCAAUAAGAAGUUUGCUCAGUCGACUAACCUGAAAUCUCACAUCUUAACACACGCUAAGGCCAAAAACAACCAGUGAGAAGAAGCACGGAGAAGACCCUUCCGAGCCCGGGGAGCCCCUUCCCUCCAGGAGCGGGGUCGGGAGCGAGUAACGCCUCUCCUUUGUAUAUUGUUUCUAGGAAAGAAUUUUAAAAAUGAAUCCUACACACCUAAGGGACAUGUUUUGAUAAAGUAGUAAAAAUUAAAAAAAAAAACUUUAAUAAGAUGACAUGGCUAAGAUACUCUAUCUUGCUCUGUAAUCUCGUUUCAAAAACACGGUGUUUUUGUAAAGUGUGGUCCCGACAGGAGGACAAUUCAUGAACUUCGCAUCAAAAGACAAUUCUUUAUACAAACAGUGCUGAAAACGGGACUUCUUUUCACAUUCUUAUAAAUACGAAGCUCACCUGUUGCUUACAAUUUUUUUAAUUUUGUAUUUUCCAAGUGUGCAUAUUGUACACUUUUUGGGGAUAUGCUUAGUAAUGCUACGUGUGAUUUUUCUGGAGGUUGAUAACUUUGCUUGCAGUAGAUUUUCUUUAAAAGAAUGGGCAGUUACAUGCAUACUUCAAAAGUAUUUUCCUGUAAAAAAAAAAAGUUAUAUAGGUUUUGUUUGCUAUCUUAAUUUUGGUUGUAUUCUUUGAUGUUAACACAUUUUGUAUAAUUGUAUCGUAUAGCUGUAUUGAAUCAUGUAGUAUCAAAUAUUAGAUGUGAUUUAAUAGUGUUAAUCAAAUUUAAACCCAUUUUAGUCACUUUUUUUUUUCCCCGAACAAUACUGCCAGAUGCUGAUGCUCAGUGUACCCUCGCCUGUUCGGUUACAGAAAGCGGUGCUCAGUUGUAGAAUGUGUUGUACCUCUUACCACCUGACGUGUACACCCCUUGUAACAGAAAGGGCAAAAAUAAAACAGCGGUCCUACAGAAAGAAUACGGCAGAAAAAGAUCUGUAAGCACAGUCUUAUUUCCUUUUGUUGUCCAGAAUAAUUCGAAUUCUUGAGCCUCCCAGAAAUUGGAAGCUAAAUAAAGCAACUGAAGUCUCCUUUACUUUUGCACUCAGUUACAGUGACUUGGGAUCGAAGCAGCGCAGAUACGUUAGUCCUUGCCACGCAUGCUGGGCUCUGAGAGCGACUAGGGGACAGGCAGCCCGAAUUAAGGAACUACCUCAGAGAACCCUGCCCCCACCCCCACCCCCCUGCCGGGCCCACCGGAGACCGGAUUUCGAUUUCAGCUCCCCCGGGCAAAAGUGUGGUCCAAACGGUCGUGGCCUGUAUGUGCACGUGCUCAAAGCAAGCUGGCGAGCGGGGGAGGGGGCACCGGGCGCCCCUGCUUCGUGGCUGUCGGUUGGAGAGCCGUGGUGCCCGCGUGUGGUGGCGCCUGGGCGUCCAGUGGCUUCACGGUCACGCGUGCAGCCGGAUACCGAGUGCAAAUUGGCAGGGCGAUUCGGUGGUUCAGAAAGUUGUACUCAGUGAGUACUUUCCCUCUCACAGCGUGACCUCCUAAAUGUACGGUUAUAAUUUUUGAAUUUUCCUUAGAGUCGAAUAUCAGACUCGUGAGACUAUUUUGUAAACCGCUACAGUAGGUGCCGCGAAAGCCCCAUUGAUGCAAGCCGCAAAUGCACAGUGUGUCCUCGGGCCUAUGCUCGACUCUGCAAGGUAAUCGGCCCAUCAGCCCCUGUCUGAGAUGUUAGGUACAGGACGUCCAGGACACCCAUCGGGUCCAAACCGUAGCCCUGUCUCUUCCAGCUUCUCCGUUGCUCCUGUACAGGAGGGCUGGUGACCUAAUGACCGUGACCCUACGGCUCUCCGGGAUUUUGAAGUGCCUUCCGAAUCAUAAAGUGAAAAUUUUAACUUCAGACACUUUUUUUUCUAUUCGUUCAGAAUCUGUUGUCCAUUGGGUAGUGUGCUGGAAGUGAGUUAAUCAGAAGACCUCAGCCGUCCCCUGGAUAAGCCAGGCUUUGCUGGACCUGGCAGUCAGGAGACAGGUAAGGCCGAGGCGGAGGUCCCUGGCAGAGCCGCGGGCUCCAGGGCACGCGUGGGUCGUUGGCCGGGCCUGGGGCCCAGACCUCCGCCGAUGCCCCUGGUGCAGAGCGCCCAUUCCCUCCCUCCCGCCCUCAGGUGAGCAGCCUCUGGGUGGCCGUACCCACUGCCGCUCCAGGGGGGUGGCUGUGUUAGGAGGCUGGCGCUGAGUCACCACCAGCCAGCACUGCCUCCCGGGAGCCUGGUCCUGGCGCUGUCCUCAGGACUCCUGCCCAAGGGCCCACGGCAAGGCAGACUCGGGCCACGGGGACGUGUCACGUCAGCAGCCCCAAGAGCCACGCCGUGACCUGCGGAGAAGCCGGGCUCCCGUGUGGAGCAAGGGGACGUCCCCCCUUCCUCUGUGCCUUGAUCCCUGCGGGGGAUGCCUUGGUCAUCUCUUCCGUCUCUGUCCAUGUGUCUUCUCUCAGGCCGCAGAGUUCACUGCUGGCAGGGAUUUGAUCAGGGGGCUGAAGACCAGUCAUGUCCCAGGCCCCUCGUGGGCGGUAACCCCCGUUCCCCACAGUGUAGGAGACGAAUCCGCGAGGCAGUGUUAAGAGUGGUGGUGUUUCUCGUUGGCUGGAGCCCAAACCCAUUUUGCUUGUGGUGAGAAUUUAUAAUUUUGCUCAAGAUGUGAUUUACUACAAUUGGAAGUGGUGUUCUAACCGUGAGUCACUUGUCUUGAGGAUUAACCUGAUUUGUAAGUAAUACCGAUAGACCUAUUUUCUUACACCCCAGCGGAAACAAGUGCGUGUUUCUAGCGUAUGUAAUAUAAAAACUCCAGAGGAUACGUUUACACUUAAGAUGUUGUUUUCUAUUUUUGGAUUUCUUAUUAUUUCCCCCCCCCUUUUUGGUAGCGGGGCUCAGGGCGAAGCAUAGAAUUUGUAUAAAGAACUGUCACCCCAGAGUGACCUUCGUUUUCCAAGGUGACAUUGAACUCACGCUGUUGGUUUCAUAAGGUGUUUGUGAGCCGUGCCUAGAUUCAAGGCCCGAGGAUUCGAGGAAAAUCAAGAUUUCUCCCCCUCCCGACCCCAUUCGGUUUUCAUGUACAAGUUCGUUGAAAUGUCACCUGCUUGGCUGGGCUUGAGUGCACUAAGGCCCUUUGACAGCACGGUACCUCGGCGCCUGCCAGUGUUCCCGAGCAGAGUUCUCGGCUGUCACUUCGUGGAGAAGAGUCCCUUCCAUUCAGCGAGAGCCCAGGGAGACUCGCCGUCGGCCUGAACGGAUGCAGCCCCCGCUCUGCCCCGCCUCCCUCAGCUUCUGUCACCCACCUCAAUGUAUGGCCGGGGUGCAGGAGUCCCGGGCCUCCCAGGGGCCUGAGGAGCCCGCUCUGCCCAGGCGGUGAGAGUCCAUCGUUUCUCGUCCUGACUCCUCGUGGCCGGAGACAGUGCGGCUUAGGAAAGCCGGGUGUGACUGCUCUUUGGUUCUAAGUUCCUUCCGUUCUCUGGACACCUGACCACCAGCAGGAGCAAGGAUCCCAGGGCUUGGUGUCACGGGAGAGCGGAAGCAGUUGACAGGCGUUUGUGCCACGACCCUGCCAGGAGGCACCCCCUUAGGGGGCAGGGGCACUCACCUAACUUCGUAGCACUUUGUCCUGGUCCCCUUGCCGUCAGUCAAGUCCAGCAGGUGAAGGCAAGCGCAUUCCACCCAGACUUAACCCCCAAGGCAGGGGAGGAAGCCCAGAUCCCAAGCCCAGCCCCCUUGCUGCUCCGCCCACGCCCUCCACUGCCCCGUGACCUACCGACCUUGGCCAUCUUUGUCACCACUCAUGUGUACAGGCCCCCUGCUUGCCUGGACAGCGUGAGCGCAGGCCCUUCUGAGCAGUGGCAUCAGGCGCCUGGCAUUUCCCUCUGAGCCAGAGAGGAUGCCAGAAGGUGCCGGGCAGGAUGUUUCAGCUGGACCCGACUGGAGGCGGUGGGAGGGCGGCUGGCAUGUGCACACACAUUGCGGUUGCAAUGGAAUGUGGGCUUCUGUUAGGCUGGCAGGAAAUCCGACUUCCCUCGAGCGGGUCACCCCGCUCCCCGGGCUCCUGCCCGGCACUCAGGCGGUCUGCAGAGGGGGGCGGUGGGACCCCAGCCAUGUUGUCUAGGCCGACAAUCACUGGUUUUCCACACGGCGGCAAGCUCCAUCAAAUUGGUUUUCGUUCAAGACUCUCAGACGCCAUAAGAAACUGAGUCAGGGUGUCGCGGGGAGGGGGCCCUGCUACCCUCUUUGGGGGCCACACAAGGUCUGCCUACAUAGUGGAGGGAAAAGGGCGUCGGUACCGAACAGAAUGACCUGUGUCUACAACCUCCGUCACUGUCACGAGGCUCUGUUGGCUCCGGGUGGUGACUGGUCGAGCCGUUUUCACAGAACAGUUCUGGUUUUAUUCACUUUCUGGUAACUUCCGUAGGCCCUGACUCGAGGACUUAGCAUUGUGUCUCAUGUACAUCUUCUCUUAAAUGUUCUUUGCCAUUUCUGGAAUUGUCCUUGGUUUCUCCUUAGCGCAUAGGUCAUAGAUGCAGAAAAACUGUAGUACUUACGGCAUCCGCACCAAGCCUCAGAUGGCUUUGCAUCCAGGAAAACAUUUACCGAUAACUCCGUCUGAAGCACCACGCAUGUGUAACAUGGCUCUAUAAAAUAUAAUAAACGCAUAACGUUGUUAAGCUU